CACUACGGGGGAUAUAUUGCACCAGUAUCUUUCAGAGGAGGAAAAGUGCCCAUGCCACUACCUUGCCCCCGUUUUUCCCUUUUUGGGCCUCCUCGGUGGCCCUCGUUGCCACCGCUGGAUUCGCUUCGAAAUCCUGGUCAGAACGCACCCCUGGAGAGGUCCGGGGAGUAGCGGUAUCGGUACCUUUUGGUUUCCCCAGUGUUGCCCAGCGUUUAGGAAGAAGAAUCCGCUCAGUGCAUUCUCCAGCGCAGCUGGAACGCCUCGAGCAUACGGCUUGUGAGGAAGCUGACACGCAGUCCGUAACAUGGGCAUCUUGCUUGCCUGAGAGACGCAGUCCUUGGCUGGAAACUCAGCCACGGCGGCGAUGACAAUGUCCAGGCCACCAUCAGCAAAGCGCACCCGGGGGGAUCGGUGGCCAAGUAAAACAAGGGCAACCCCAGGUUGCGGGUCAAGCCAGGCGACAAGAUCAUCAAACAGCACCACCAAGUUGUUAGUGAAGCACAUCGGCGAACAGGUUCAUGCUGCGAGCAAACGCGUGAAAUAUACACCUCACCGCCUGUACGUCACAAGAUCCAGCGCCCCGCCACGGAAGUGCCUGAGACGAAGUUUGAGGACGGGUCGCUCGACGUCACGGCUUUGCUGAAGAUCCCGAAGCAUUCCAAGGAUUCCCAAAGCAAUCUCAUGGGCUGGUAGCUGAGCCAGGAUGCCGACGACACUGUCCCAGCCACUAUCGGAAAGAUCCGCAAGAACGGUGCGGCCGCGAAGUAGAAUCAGGAAAAUCCGUAACACAAAAUUAUGCCCGACGACAAAAUCAUCAAUGUGAACCACAUCCCAUGGCACAACAACGCCAAACUGUUUCUUGAGCACCUUGGCCACUGGGUCAAGGCCGCAACCAAGCGGCAGCAGGGAGCCGAGCACCACCUGUACAUGAAGAUCCAGCGUGCGGCCGCGGGAGCGGAGGACCAGGAGAAGGCCACCGAGACGGAGGACACGGAGGAGGACAAGGAGAACGCGAAGGGCGACGAGGCGGACGCCAAGGCGGGCACGGAGGGGGAUGAGGACUCGUCGGAAGACGACAUGACUCAGAGGAGCACAUGGACAAGGACGAUUCGAACGACCAGGACGGCUCGGAUGGCAAGGAGGAGAUGAGCGAGGCCGACAUGGCGCUGGCGGUGGGGGCCGCCGGCGCUGGGCAGCUGCGCGCCUUCCUCGACCGCGAGGAGCAGCAGGCUGCCGAGGCGCCGGCGGCGGCGGGCGCGGGAUCGUCGCGAGGCUG